AUGAGCUCAGCACAGCGUGGUGCUGGUCAAAUCCGUCCUUGGAUAAAAAGUAUAGUCAACCACACAUACUGGGUUGCAGCGUCAAGUGGAAACAAUGGGCAAAUGAAGGUUGACAAAUGGAAAUCUAUUAGCAACCAUCUUAUCAAUGUCCAUGAACAUGAUUCUGAGGUCUUUCCACGGUGUGAACAUGGCCAGCUAAUUGAACCUAGAGACUGGAUGCAGCAAGGCUCUAGAUACCACAAGAUGGUAAAAGAUGUUGUGGAGAGUCCCUAUCUCCUUAGAGAUCUUCCAAAACUGUCACCUGUUUACCAGACAUAUGGACUUGAAGUUUUUCACUCUGUGGUGAAUCAUUUCGCACCAAAGAGUACGCACUUCUUUUACAUGCCAAUGCUUGCAAGGUUGUGUAUUGCUGCAUUUCAUUACAAUGAAAACGGAACGAGACGUCAGUCAAUAACAAGAGAGGGUGAACUACAGUGGAGUGUAUCCUACCCAAAGGCAAAGAAAGGACAGGAAUGUGUAGUAAAACCUCGCAGAGUGCCUGCAACCUUUGAAUAUGUCGGAAAAUUGCUGGAAAAGAUUUUUGUUAGAAGACGACACUAUCCUUCCUUAAAAUUUGCCUAUGAUGAUUUUGUGUUUGGUCAUAAAGCUGAUGAACCACGCCCACUGACUCAUGAGUAUGAAGACUUUGACAAAAAUGAACUGAUUAACAGAAGAACAUCUAGAUACAACAGAUAA